AUGCGUCCACUAAACAAUGGCACAUGGCACCGUGAAUUUUUCCAUUUCUUCUUCACAUUAUUUUCCUUAUUAAUCUUUCUGUUAUGCAAGUGUGAAAUAAAUUUGCAUAUUUCCACUCGGUUUAGUUCAUCGGGGCAUACUUGCAUUGCACUGAAAUUGUAUGCAAAUUUUUACAUUUCUCGUUCAUUGUUAGUUGAUUCUUCCUCGUUGAUUGGUUGGUUCGCAUUAGAGACUAUUUUCUGGUGGGAUGAACUGCUGAAGCUGACUGAAGCUAAAUUGAAUAUGUAUACAGAGCUAAAGGAACUGAUCAAUUUUCUGGCUAUUUAUAUGCAUCAUCGAAUUCCUCGGCGUCGGAUUUGUUUGCUCAUGGAAAGUUACAGUAAUCAUCUUGCGGGAAGAUUUUUGGGAAAUGGAAGCCAGAAGAGCCAGAAUAUGGAGAAAAAGAGCGAACAAGAUCUUGCAGCGUGUUUUCCAUCACUAAUGAUAGCUUAUUGCAACCCUGGCAUAGUAUCGUGCCAAGUGAUGAACUAUGCACAUAUGAUCACUGUUUGGAUGGGAGAUGUUAACGCUGAUGUAAAUUUUACGCCUAUACCAGAUGGUAUUGCGUUCUUCUGCGAAACCCCGGCUAUACUGUACAAUGUUUUGAAUAGCAAUGGCAACGUUAUGGAUAAAACAAAAUAUCCUUUCUAUUUUGUUCCAAAAAACAAAGAAUUGAAAUCACAACGAUGUAUUCUAUUGCAAUUAAUUAGCUCGAUGGACGACUAUGCUUACGAUUUAGUUUGGAGUGGUUUUCUCUUCGAAAAUGAGAUACCACCUUUGCUUUUCCGUUAUAUUACAAAAGAAAAUUGUCCAUUUACGGCACGCCUAUUUGCGGAUACACGUUUUGGUUGUCAUCGAUCACGUCCUGAUCACAAAGCUAUGCGUCGAAUUCAACAUGCUGCAGCAUAUUUAGCUGUCACCAACGAUAAUGCUGGCUAUAAUAGUGCUUCUGGUAGCCAUCAGGAAAGCGCUCAGUAUGAUAUAAAUCCAGCAACCAAUAACUUUUGCUAUAGUCAACAGCUCCACGCAAAUAACAAAUUUGCGCCUAUAACUUCGCUCUCUGUUCCACUUGUGUCAUCAUCAUCAUCAUCAUCAUCAUCAUCAUCAGCAGCAGCAGCAACAGCCGCUUCAAUUGGACAAAAAAACUGUGAUACAGUGAACUCAAUGACAGCAUCUGCAAAUGUUAUCACAAAUACAGUAGCGUCAAAUGAUUCUAAGCGUCUUCUAUUGGAUCAAUCGCUGAUGCCUUCAAAUCCACUGCCCGAAUCCAUCAGUAAUAAUGCUGGACACGUUGUUAAUCAGUUUUAUUCAUUAUCUCCAAUCUUGGAUAAUGGCAGUGACUUCAGUGCAUGGAAUUGUUAUCCUGCAGCAGGUGACAUUAAAGUGGACAAUGCGAUUGCUAAGAUUCCAGUAUAUGACGAGCGUAAUAAUUUCCAUCUUAUAUAUCCAUAUAGCUCCCCCCAAGCAUCAGUUGCCGACAAUUACAACAAAUAUUCACUUGAAACAGGAACUUCAUCAUUCCUAUCAUUUCCGGCAUCGCUUUCCAAUCUCAACUGCGCUUCAUCCGGAAAUCAGGGAAAUCAAAUCCAUAAUUUCGAGUUAAAUAAUUCGGAUAUGUCUAAGCUUCAAUACAAUGUCAGCCGCAUGUCAUUUGCCGAUGGUGGUGCAUCUCCAUCGUCAACAUUUGCCACCAAAUAG